GCAGAUUUUUUGAAAGGAUUACCGGUCUACAACAAAAGCAACUUCAGCAGAUUCCAUGCCGACUCCGUAUGUAAAGCAUCAAACAGAAGACCAUCCGUAUAUCUUCCCACGAGAGAAUAUCCAUCUGAACAAAUCAUAGUAACAGAAAAGACGAAUAUACUUUUGCGUUAUUUACACCAGCAGUGGGACAAAAAGAACGCAGCGAAGAAGAGAGAUCAAGAACAAGUGGAAAUAGAAGGUGAGAAUUCGGCGCCGCCACGGAAAAUCGCUCGGACAGACAGCCAGGAUAUGAAUGAGGACACUUAAACUCUUGGCUUCCUCCUCUACUACUUUGCAGGCACUUCCUGUUUUGUCUCAAAGUGUGUAAAUUUUGCCCCUUGCCCCCAUCUCUCACCCCUCCACUAUGCAGCCCAAACCACUUCUGACUUCAUAGGAGCCAAUGUAUUUAUUUUUUUUUCUUCUCUCCAUUUUUUUUUUUAUUUAUGCCGUAAAACUUACGGAGCAGUGGUGGAACAAAUCAGUAAAUGGUGUAGUAUAACCUUAGUUCCUCCUUUCUCAAAAUAUACACUGUCACUUCCACAGGUUUUGUUGAAUCUGUUACCUACUCAGCCAGAUCCAUCUAUGGGAGCCUGGGUGGGAGACGUGGGUCGUUACGGAACCCCACAGUGGUUUAGGCUUUCCCAUUCAUGUACCAUUGGCAUAUUACAAGUGGUUUAACUCUUCUUUGGAUGUGCCCAGUCGAGCCAUGAGUGUGGGGCCUCACUAUUUUUCUCAAAUAUUCUGAAGCUGGCACUGCACUAGAAAAAAAAAAA